AUGUUGGUGCUCAACUGCUCCACAAAGCUACAGAUGCUGGAGAAAAUGUUACGGUGGAGUUUUCCUGAGUCCCUCAAGGUUUAUGGAGCUGUGAUGAACAUCAACCGAGGGAAUCCCUUCAGGAAGGAGGUGGUAGUAGAUUCAUGGUCAGACUUCAAAGCUGUUAUCACCCGUCCUCAGAGGCAGACAGAUGACCUUGACCAUUAUACUAACGCACAUGCAGUUUUCUACAAGGAGCCACAUGCUUACCAGGAGCUACUUGAAAACACAAAUGCCAUCAACUGGGGACAAAUUUUUCAGAUUCAAGGGCUCCAGGAUGGAAUAUGUGGAAUAUCCAGAGCUGUUGCUUUAUCUAAGCAGGUAGAUGUGAAAACAUCCUCCUUCCGGAUGGUUAUCCACUCAGACCCAGACACGCUGCCAGAUGUCAAACUUCAGAUGGACCCUAAAUUCACCCUGGCUUACCUGGACAUCUCCCAUUCUAGCCUGCUCAACAAAACCUGGUCGAGGGGAGGCAAUCCAAGAUGUGAGAAGUACCUCGCUAACCUCAUUUGCUCCUUCCCAAGUGUCUGUGUCUUAGAUGACAAGGGGUAUCCCCUCUCCUGGAGCCUGACAGACCAGUUUGCCACCAUGAUUCAUAAUUAUACUCUUCCAGAGCAUCGGAGAAAGGGUUUUAGCAGGCUUGUGACUACCACUUUAGCUAAGAAAUUACAUAGCUGUGGCUUUCCAGUGCAAGGUAAUGUCUUGGAGGCAAAUCUGCCAUCUGUAACGUUGCUGAAAAGUAUGAAUGCCCACUUUCUUCCCUGCUCAUUUUUCAGAGUGAUUCACACACCUUUUCAGUUUCUAGCCAAACCUCACUAA